AUGAAUUUUACUUGUGGAGUUUAUAUAGUCGUUUUGCAUGCUGCACUGGAAAGAUUUGAGGCUACGAGGAAAAUAAGUAGAAAUCCUAAUCCUUUCAAACAACAACUUGACCACCUAAAUAGGUUGGUCAGAGAUAAUGACAUAGAUUGCCAUGAACAACUACGAAUGAAUAGGCAUACCUUUCUGCGGUUGUGUGGGCUUAUCAGAACAAAGGGUGUGUCAGAUUCAAAAUUUGUUGUGUUAGAGGAAAAGGUUGCUAUGUUCUUGACUGUGCUUGGGCACCACCAUAAAAAUCGAAAUGUCAAAUUCAAUUUUAUGAGGUCUGGUCAAACAGUUAGUAAGUAUUUCAAUGAUGUCCUUAAGGCUGUGCUUCGACUGCAAGGUGUCUUACUAAAGACACCUGAGCCAAUAACUGCUGGGUGCACAGAUGAUAGGUGGAGGUGGUUUCAGAAUUGUCUUGGUGCACUUGAUGGCACCUAUGUUAGAGUGCUAGCUCCUGCAGUAGAUAAAGCAAGGUAUAGAUCAAGAAAGGGUGAAAUUGUGACUAAUGUCUUGGGUGUUUGCUCCCAUGACAUGCAGUUCAUAUAUGUCUUACCUGGAUGGGAAGGUUCCGCUUCAGAUUCUAGAGUACUUAGAGAUGCCAUAAGUAGACCAAAUGGGUUGAGAGUGCCAACGGGUUCCUACUAUCUAGUUGAUGCGGGCUAUACUAAUGGGGAGGGCUUUUUAGCACCUUAUAGAGGACAACGUUACCACUUGUCCACUUGGAGGGAAGGGGGUCCCCCAACUAAUCCAGAGGAAUUCUUCAAUAUGAAGCAAUCCGCGGCUCGUAACAUAAUAGAGAGAUGUUUUGGUCUUCUGAAGCUUAGAUGGGCAAUAUUAAGAACAUAUUCCUAUUUUCCAAUCAAGACCCAAUGUCGAAUUAUCACAGCUUGUUGUCUUCUACACAAUCUCAUCAAACGUGAGAUGCCUAUGGAUCCAUUGGAGGUAGACUUAGAUGACACAUUGCCAAAUAAUCAAGAAACAGGGAACGAGUACAUUGACACAAUUGAGGGAUCUGACCAAUGGAGUAUGGAUAACACAACUGUUACUAGUGGAUGUCGAAAAAAGGGUAAGGGAAAGGCAACUGCUUCCUCAUCAAGAGGUCGUAGAGUGUGGAGUCCAAAAGAGUGUGAUGUGUUGAUUCGAGCCAUGAGGGAUCUGUUCAGUGAAAAAUGGAAGGCUGACAAUGGUCAGUUCAGGUGUGGAUUUUACUCUGAAUUGGAGAAGCUUAUCAUAUUGGCUUUUCCUGGAACUGAUCUUCGUUGGGAGGAGGCCAUGUCCAACAACGAAGAUCUUCACGCUCAGUCAAUCAAAGAGAAAGAAGAGUUGGAUCUGAAGAUUGUUGGGCUGGAGAGGACGUUGGCGGACGAGCGAGCCAAGAUGAUGGAGGAGAAGGCAGGAUUGGAGAAGGAGUUGGAGGAACAGAAGACCAAGUCAGCCUCUGAGAGGGCAGCAUACCCCGAUUUGUGCGUCGCAUAA